AAACAACAGAAUGGGAGGAAGCACUGUUCUCUGACUUUUUCCUCCUAUGAAGGCGCAUUUCCUUUUGUCGCCUCAACCUUGCUCAUCUGAACCAGUGUAGCUCCAGAGUCAGUUACAACCAAAAUGGAUACUCUGCUUUAUGCAUUACUGAUAAUCCUGCGUUUUUCUGGCACACUGAGUUUCAUUAUUGCACAUACAACGAAAGGACUCUGCAUAUCCAGGUUACACAAAAGCGAAAUAGUUUACCUUGGCACAUGUGACAGCACCAAUCCAGCCCAGCAAUGGACAUGGACGGACAACAUGAAGCUUUAUCACCAACAAUCAUCCAAGUGUCUCUCGGCAGACAGAAGAGGCGGGCAACUUGGAACUCGUCUUGUCAGUCUCAAAAACUGUAGCGGGUCACCUUCAUGGAAAUGCUACGACGAAUGGGGUAUCUUUGGAUUAGCAGACAAGCCAUUGUAUCUGAAGACGCAAGGCAUAAGAGUUAUCAUUCAAAAGAACCCUAUUUUUUCCAACUGGACUGCUUCACACAUCGAUAAUGGGGACAAACAGAAGAUGGCACCCAUUUGCCAAAUUAAAGGUUCCACCACAGUCUCAACAUCCACAUUCUCAUCAACACACAAAUCCACCACUUAUACCAGUACAUCACAAGAAGCCACUGAAACACAAACAUCACUCCACCCUAAACUCAUCACAGACACCAACCAAGUGCUGUGGACACACUCAGUCACACAGCAGAUCACCCUGAGAGCCCCGGUCACUGUUCGGAACAGGGCGGUGACGCAUCCUAGUAGUGACACUGUGAAGCCUCGGACCAGGAGGGCCUUGACCACUGAUCUGAGGCCUGUGUCGACGAUACCAGUAACCCCCAACGCUCUGAACAGAAGUGACAUCACCACGGUGGUCACAGGAUCUGACCCCUCUCUCACUGAAACUUCCCAUGCAGUAGAUCUGUGGACCGGUGAGUCUGACUCACCCACUAGCCCUGCCACUGUGCCGCAGCGUGGGUUUCGGGAUGAAACGGCUUCAUCCGCCGAGACCUUUGCCCCUCAAACGCAGCCCGGAGCCGUUGAUGAAAUGUCUGUGGGAUCAGUCAGUGCCCACAAGACAGCAGCACGGCUUCCCACCACAGAUUUGCCCCCUGACAGCACCAAGAUUGUGUCCCCAACCCCAACAGACCUCGUUUCUAACGCUGUGCCACACAGGCCCCUCACAGACCUUGACUCGAACCCUGCGCCCCACAGUCACACCACGUCAGGGAUGGCCCCUGCCGAUUCCACAGACCUAGUGACUGGUAAGGAUCUAACUGCCAUGAUGACACAUGACGGCGGGCUGCAUGCUGGUGGUGGUGGUGGUGGUGGUGGUGGUACUACACAGGCUGAGGAGGAGACAUUGGCACCCUCAUCCUCCUCUUCCUCCUCUGCUGCUGCCACUGGACCUGGCACCACCACCACAAGACUCCACAUCACCACAUCAGACGAGUCGACCACAACACCCAAACCUCCUCUCACCACCAGUCGAGUGCCCCCAGGGAGAAGCCGAGGCACCACAGCCAUGGGAACAGCAGCAUCCUCUAGGGCAGCAACUUCCCCAUCUGGACCUUCGACCACUGGCCCAGGUGUAGGGAGCAGUGCCCAUCACAGCCCAGCGGCGUCCAGAGCCACCCACAUCCCUGUGGAGGUUACUGAGGUGCCGGUGAGCACCACUGGCCUCAGGUCAACCACGUUUGCUCAGACAACCUCCAUCGCUGCUGAAUCCACUGCCACCACCACCACCACUGUUAAGCCAACAACCCCGAGCACAGUUCUGAUAACUACCGCCCCUGCCACCAGCCCUGAGAUAACCACCUCAACAACCACCACCACCACCAUCCCCACCACCACCAACAUCCCCACCACAACUACACAACAAACUACCACAAAGUUAAUAACUACUCCUGCUACGACUCAAGCCAGAUCCACCACACUGCCUCCCACCACUACAACCACUGCUGCUCCAACCACCCUGAUGACCACAACUUACCCCACAACCACAGCCACCACACAACAGCUGGAAACGACGGAGGCAGUCAGAUGUUGGAUAAAUGACACAGAGGUCCAUUCCACCACUGACAGAAUCGAAGUGAAGUUCACCACCAUCCGAGAAGGCUGUAAUUUUACUAUAGCUUAUAGUAGUGUGUCCCCCGAAGCGGAGUGUCGUUCAGUAUUGGGCGACAGUGAAUCCUUCCAGUGUCUUAUUGAGGAUUUGACUCCAGGCACCUCUUUUGACUUGGGAAUCAUCUCGAAAACUGAUGGAGAGCGACAAAAUGUGUCAGUGCAAACAGACCCAGAGCCCCCCUCAGACGUGGUGCUGGAGCCCGACAGAGAUGCCACGUCUGGGCUGCGUGUGCGCUGGUCCCACCCGCGUGGCACGGUGGACUGGUACGAGCUGUCUCUGGAGGAGGUGGACACCGGCCGCCGAGUCUCCGCCACCAGGGUGAUGGGCACCGCGGCCACCCAAUCAGGCUUCUCCGCCCUCACCCCUGGCACCGCUUACACCCUCCGCCUGCGAUCUCUCACAGGGGACAGAGGAUCUGUUCCCACCAUCAGGACAGCUGCCACAGCUCCAUCUCCCAUCAGAGGCCUGAAGCUGGCUCCCUCCUCCAGGAACCUGGACGUGUCCUGGCUGCCCGGCCCCGGUCGGGUGGAGCACUUCUGGGUGCUGCUGACGGAGCAGGACAGCCUGCUCCACAAUGUCACUGUAGGUGCCAAGGUCACCACAUACACCUUCUCCGGAGUGACUCCAGGAACACUGUGUAAAGUAGCAGUGGUGGCUGUGUCGGCUGGGAUACCGAGCGCUCCAAUCUCCAAAGCAGCUGUCACAGCCCCAUCUGCCAUCAUUGGCCUGAAGCUGUCUUCCACCCCCGGCAACAUCAGCAUGUCCUGGCAGCCUGGUGCGGGUCGGGCAGACCUCUUCUGGCUGGUGCUGAGCGAGCAGGGGAAGAUGACCCAGAAUGCCACUCUGGCCAGCGGGGUGACCUCUCACACCUUCACUGGCGUGACACCGGGUACAAAGUGCAAAGUGUCGCUGGUGGCGGAGUCCAUGGGGUUGAAAAGCAGUCCAGUGUCUAGAGAGGUCUACACAGCUCCUGCCACCGUGUCGGCCCUGAGGCUGGAGAACAAUGGCAGCCAGGCCAGCCUGAGGGCCUCCUGGGAGCCAGCUCCAGGCAGGGGGAAGUACUACGUGCUCACCCUGUCCAGUGCCGGCGCGCUCAAACCCAAAUACACUGACGUGGUCCCCUUCAACAGCACCAGCUGGACCUUCGUGAGGCUGGUUCCUGGGAGGACCUAUGAGGUUGGAGUGAAGACGCAGGGAGAAACGCUGAUGACUGAGGAGGUCAAAGCCACAGGCCAAACAGUUCCUGGGAAAGCCUCUCAGCUGGGGAUGCAGCGGCUGAAUGACCAGAAGAGCCUCAAGCUGCUGUGGGCGCCCCCUAAUGGGGAGUUCCAGCGUUACACGGUGCUGCUGCUGAAUGGCUCGUCUGUGCUGGUCAAUCGGACCGUGGGGAAGGGCACACAGCAGUAUGUGUUCAACCCCCCCAGCCUCGUCCCUGGCAGACUCUACAGAGCCGCAGUCACGGUGGAGAGCGGCCAGCUGGCCUCCACCGCCUACACCCAGGGCAGAUUAGCACCAAGGCCUGUUCAGAAGCUGACCAUCCACCACAGUGAUGAGAAGUCCCUGGGAGCGCGAUGGAGGCCCCCUGUUGGCGAGUGGGAGAACUACACCGUAGUGCUGAAGUCCCAGGAGGCAGAGGUGAGCAGGAGGACGCUGGAGGCCUCCCAGACAGAGUGCACCUUCACUGGGCUGACCCCGGGACGCAGAUACAGCAUCGCGGUCAUCACCAGGAGCGGAGAGCUCAGCAACACCGCAUCAGUGACUGGACAAACCAUGUCUGCGGAGGUGACCAGUCUGCAGGUGAGUAACGAGGGCAGCACAGACAGCCUGCUGACCAGCUGGCAGCGCGCCGCCGGGGAGAUCGACUCCUACCGUGUGCUGCUCAUCCACGACAGCAUCAUCAUCAAGAACGACAGCGUGCCGGCCGACACCUCCUCCUACAGCUUCCAGGGCCUGAAGCCCGGGGCCCUCUACGGGGUCGUGGUCACCACCGUCAGGCUGGGCAAGUCCUCCAGGCAGGCGGUAGCAGAGGGACGCACAGUGCCUGCUGCUGUCCAGGAGGUGACGGUCAGCAACAAUGGCCGAACUGACUUCUUGAGCGUGUCCUGGUCUCCGUCACAAGGGGAGGUUGACAGCUACCUCGUCAUUUUGAGGGACAGGGACAGAACCAUCCACUCAGCUGUCGUCUCCAAGUCCAGCCCUGAGUGCGUCUUCAAGUCUCUGGUGCCGGGGCGUCUCUACAACAUCUCCAUCACCACCCGCAGUGGCAAAUAUGAGAACCACACCGUGGUGCAGGAGAGAACACAGCCCUCUAGCGUCCAGAUGCCCUCUGCCAUGCAUGGAGCCAGGGACGACUACCUGCGCGUGUACUGGGGCCACGCGCACGGAGACUUCGACUUCUACCAGGUGGGCAUCAAGCACAACAACCACCUGAUCCAGAACCGCACGGUGGCCAAGGUCCAGAACGAGUGCGUCUUCACCGGGCUGGAGCCGGGCCGCCUCUACACCGUUGUCGUCAGCACCUGGAGCGGGAAGUACGUCUCCAGCGCCGCCACGGACGGAAGGACAUUCCCUGCUGUGGUGCAGUCCCUGACUCUAGCCGGCCAGGGGACCGAGGAGCUUCGUGUGACAUGGUCACCAGCCCCUGGUGACGUGGAUCACUACGAGGUGCAGCUGCUCUUCAACGACAUCAAGGUGUUCCCCCCCCUCACCCUCAGCAGCACCACGGCCGAGUGCCAGCUCACUUCCCUCACGCCCGGACGCCUCUACAAGAUCGUGGUGUCCACCUUCAGCGGGCCCAACCAGAAGGCCAAGUUCAUCGAAGGCAGAACAGUGCCCAGCAAAGUGAAGAGCAUCCACAUCAGCAAUGAGGGCCAGAGCACCAGUCUGAAGAUCAACUGGACACCAGGACAGGGGGACGUGGACAGCUACAACGUGUCCCUCUGGGGCCCCGGCAGGCAGCAGCCGGACGUCAGGGCCCUACCCAAGCACGUCAACCAGCUCAGCUUCCAAGACCUUCAGGAGGGACAGAAGUACUCCAUCACUGUGCAGACCAUCAGCGGGUCCCUGCUCAACAACAGCACCGCCUCCGGACGCACCAUCCCUUCCUCUGUGUCGGCUCUGCAGGUGGACAACAAGCACAGUACGGGCAGUCUGCAGGUGUGGUGGCAGGCAGGCAGGGGGGUGUAUGACAGCUACAGCCUGCAGCUGCUGGACGAGAGGGGUGUGCUGGUCACCAACAGCACGGAGGGGGCCUCCGCCACCGAGCACCGCUUCACCCACCUCACCCCGGGCAAGAAGUACCGCGUCCUCGUGCACACCCUCAGCGGAGGCGUCCUCAGCAAGGCCGAGACGGCGGUGGGACGCACGUGUCCCGCAUUUGUCAACGACCUCCUGAUCAAGGCCAACAGCACCGGCAGCCUGUCGUUCCGCUGGUCUCCACCGGAGGGCGACUUUGAUGGCUACGACAUCUUCCUGUACAGCAGCGAUGAGGUGCUGCACGACCGCAAGAACGCUGAUGCCAAGACGCAGGAGUGCUCCUUCCAGAACCUGAGGCCCGGGGCGCUCUACAAGAUGGUGGUCCUGACCAGGAGUGGGGACCAGAAGAAUGACACCUUCAUCUGGGCCAGAACAGUCCCUGCGGCGGUGAGCUCCCUGCAGGCGGCCAGUGGUAACCAGACCCAGAGCCUGCGUGUGGGCUGGGAGCGCGUGGCAGGAGAGCUGAGCGGCUACGUGCUGUCCAUCUACAACCCGGACGGCUCCCAGCAUGCCGAGCGGCAGCUGGGGCCCGAGAGCCUGGAGCACACCUUCCAGGACUUGGUGCCCGGACGCCUCUACAACAUCCUCAUGCUCACCCGCAGCGGAGAGCUCACCAACCAGGCAGCCGCUGAGGGCAGGACAGCACCCUUAUCUCCGACAUCGUUCAUGUUUGGGGGCAUCACCAACACGUCUCUGGAGAUCACCUGGAGUGGGCCCAUCAACACGGACUAUGAUGACUUUGACAUCCAGUGGACUCCCAAAGACCCGCUGUCGGUGGUGAACCCCUACCCCACACGCACCUCCGGCAGCCGCAUCCUGAAGGGCCUGUACCCCGGACGCCUCUACACCUUCAGCCUCCGCACCGUCAGUGGCUCAGGGACGGCCCAGAUGACCCACAGCGCACCCAUCUACCAGAGCAUCCGAUCCAAGCCACAGCGUAUCCAGACGUUGCACUGCCGUCCCCAGAGCUCCACGGCCAUCUCCUGCUCGUGGAGCCCCCCGGAGGCUGACUUUGACUCCUACACCAUCGAGUGCCUGCGGCAGGACUCGCGCAAGCUGGUGUACUCGCGCCGCACGGGCCGCGACAGCUCCUCCUACCACAUCACGGAGCUGGAGCCCCACAGGCGCUACAUGGUGUCCAUCAAGGCCGUCGCCGACAGCAUGACCAGCGAGGCCGCCGAGGAGAGCGUCGUCACCAUGAUCGACCGGCCUCCGGUUCCAACCACUCGAGUCAGUGAGAGGGUGGCCCAGGUCACCAAGUCCACCAUCUCCUUUAAAUUCAACUGCAGCUGGUUCAGUGACAUCAAUGGCGCUGUGAAAUUCUUCACUGUUAUCGUGACCGAGUCUGAUGAUAAUGAGAUGGUACAGCCUUGGCAGCAGCAUCCUCUGCCCUCUUAUAAGGACUACAGAUACAACAGCUCGGUGAAGACCUACCAGACCAACUACUUCCCCAGCCACUGCUCUGAGGGCCUGGACAGCUCUCAGGGCUUUGAGAUCGACCUGGGCUCAGGGAGAGAGGACCUCGGCGGCAACUGCUUUCCUGAACUGGACGUCUAUUGUGAUGGACCACUCAAACCAAAGACUGCAUACAGACUGAGUGUGCGUGCCUUUACCCAGCUCUUUGAGGAAGAGCACUCCUCUCCACUCUACACUGACACCUUCCUGUCCCUGCCAGUCGUCACAGAAGCAGAGCCUCUGAGUGGCGUCAUUGAGGGCGUGAGUGCCGGUCUCUUCCUCAUUGCCACCAUGGUGGGUGUGGCAGCCCUGCUCAUAUGCAGGCAAAAGGCCCGCAAAGUGAGUGUGCAGGAGCCCGUGGUGAGAAUGAGCAUAAGGAGGGAGCGUCCACUCCCUGGAACACACCUUGCCAACCGAGGAAAUCGACGCAUUUCAAGCCCCAUCAAGCUUUUGCACUUUGAGGGCCAUCUCACCAAGUUACAAGCUGACUCCAACUACCUCCUCUCUGAGGAAUUUGAGGAUUUGAAAGAUGUUGGUCGCAACCAGCCAAUGGACACAGCCCUGCUGCCUGAAAACAGAGGGAAAAACAGAUACAACAACAUUCUCCCCUAUGACUCAACGAGGGUGAAGCUUUCUUAUGUGGACGAUGACCCCUGCUCAGACUACAUCAAUGCCAGCUACAUCCCUGGAAAUAGCUUCAGGCGUGAGUACAUUGCCACCCAGGGCCCUCUGCCUGGCACUAAGGAUGACUUCUGGAAGAUGGUGUGGGAGCAUAACGUACACAAUGUUGUCAUGGUCACACAGUGUGUGGAGAAAGGAAGGGUCAAGUGUGAUCACUACUGGCCAUUUGACCAGGAUCCUCUCUACUAUGGAGACCUCAUUGUCCAGAUGCUUUCUGAAUCAGUUCUUCCUGAAUGGACCAUCCGGGAGUUCAAGAUAUGUAGCGAGGAUCAGCUGAAUUUCUCGAGGGUGGUUCGCCAGUUUCACUACACCGUCUGGCCCGACCACGGCGUUCCUGAGACCACGCAGUCCCUGAUCCAGUUUGUGAGGACGGUGCGGGACUACAUCAACAGGACACCAGGCUCUGGAGCCACCGUGGUGCACUGCAGUGCUGGGGUGGGCCGUACUGGGACCUUCAUAGCGCUGGACAGACUGCUGCAGCAGCUGGACGCCAGGGACUCAGUGGACCUGUACGGUGCAGUGUUUGACCUGAGGGUACACCGCUCCCACAUGGUGCAGACAGAGUGUCAGUAUACAUACCUUCACCAGUGCGUGCGGGAUGUGUUGCGGGCUCGCAAGCUGAGGAAUGAGCAGGAGAACCCUCUGUACCCCAUCUAUGAGAACGUCAACCCCGACUACCACCGAGAUAAGGUGUACACCAGGCGCUAAGGACUGAAUGAACUACUGAGGAGAAGAAGGGUGGAGAAAGGGAAUCACAUGUGAAAUUAUAAUAUGCAAAGCACUAAGAAGCUAUAUAGCGACUCUAUUUUUAUACUUUGUGUAUGACUUUUGUAAGCAGUAUUAAUUGUGAAUGGACGUUCUUGAUAUUUAAGUGUAACAGAUCUGUAUAUAUAUAUACUUGCUUUCCUUGCACAUUACAUUUGUGAUAAAUUGGGAGUAACAAUUACACUGUAUUGUAUACGUAAGCAUUUUUCUCUGUGAAUUUUUACAUGGCACAAAAACGUUGCGGUCAAAUCUAUUAUAAUAAUCUGAGUUACAACAACGUGUCAAACCACUGGAGGAUUUUACUGUUUAUCAUUAAACUGGAAAAUGGGAGCAUUGUAUUUGAGAGGUAGUGAAAGGUAGUUAUUCAAUUGGAGCAUUCCACUGAUGUCCAUUACUGUAUUUCGUUGUAAGGAUGGUGAUGAGGGUGCUUUUGUUUUUGUCUACAUAUCAUUGGUUGACGUUUCAGGGAAUCAUGAAGCAAUUUUU